AUGCUGGCUAUGAAUUCGACAUCUGCUUCACCUCCGUGCAGAAGAGAGCAAUCCGGACCCUCUGGACAGUCUUGGAUGCCAUUGACCAGAUGUGGCUGCCAGUGGUCAGGACCUGGCGCCUCAAUGAGCGACACUAUGGGGGUCUGACUGGUCUCAAUAAAGCCGAAACUGCUGCUAAGCAUGGUGAGGCGCAGGUAAAGAUCUGGAGGCGAUCUUACGAUGUCCCACCACCUCCAAUGGAGCCUGAUCAUCCCUUCUACAGCAACAUCAGUAAGGAUCGCAGGUAUGCAGACCUUACUGAGGACCAGCUACCCUCCUGCGAGAGCCUCAAGGACACUAUUGCCAGAGCACUGCCUUUCUGGAAUGAAGAAAUUGUUCCCCAGAUCAAGGAGGGGAAGAGAGUCCUGAUUGCAGCCCAUGGCAACAGCCUUCGGGGCAUCGUCAAGCAUCUGGAGGGGCUCUCAGAAGAGGCCAUCAUGGAGCUGAACCUGCCAACUGGCAUUCCCAUUGUCUAUGAAUUGGACAAGAACUUGAAGCCUGUCAAACCCAUGCAGUUCCUGGGAGAUGAAGAGACCGUGCGGAAAGCCAUGGAAGCGGUGGCUGCUCAGGGCAAGGUCAAGAAGUGAAGGCGAGCAGGCAGACUCGUACCCCAGUGCCCUCCCCCUGCCUGUUUAUGCCUCCUGCACCCUUCCCCAACGCCUGCCACACUGACUACAUCUUUAGGAUCUUAAGUUUAAGUUGUAGUUGCAGAUGGGGACCUGUGGCUCCCAUUUUUAUUUAGUAUUUAAUCCCCUGCACCCACUCCCUUCAUAGAACCUAGUCAGAAAACACCUCUGGGGUGCAGGUUCUUGGUCCACAUCCAGGGACGGCUCCUCUUAACAGGAGAGUUGAGAGGUAGAAAUUAGUUUUCCUUAGUGCUGUGUUUACUAAGGCUCUGCUUUAGGAAGAGGUCAGGGAGGAACCAUGCAGUGGUAUAACCCAUGAGAAGCUGCAGCCAAGUUUUGUCCCUGGCGCCUGUCCUACACUUUCCACAGUUAGCUAACUAGGGGCUGUAGUCAUUUCAGUGGAAGGUGAAAGUAACUUACAUGGUGAUGUAAACAUACUACCUUCCUCUCUGACCCUAAAGGCCCCGGAAGGUUGGGACCAAUCCUGUCAAGUCUGUGUUACAUUUACUUUUACAAAAAAAGGUACAUGUGUAUUUAUCAGCAGAAAAAAGCCCCUCUGCUGUUUCUAGUGGUGAUUGAAAUAGUUCCAUGUGGUCACCAGACAAUAAGCCAUUCCUCAUACCAGAUGGGAUGAACUCCUUGUCCUCGAGGGGCAGGAGUGCUUCUGGCUGUGUUAGGUCACUUCUGCCUUGCUUUGCAGAGGUGCAGUGCCCCUUGAUCGGGUCCAGGUUUUGUCUUUCACUGAAUCAUGUUCCAGCUGCUUGGCCCUACCAUGUGGGUUCAGAACUCGUUUUGGGCAUAACUACUAAAUCUCUUUCCAGAUCAGUAUAAUAAAGGAGUGAUGUGCAAUA